AUGGGCUUCCAAGGUCGCCCUCAAGGGCAUUCGCAACGGGCCUCCCAUAAAAAUAUCUACGACAUUGCCUCGACCAUCCUGACCAAGUUGGAUCGCGAGCAGGGCACCAUCAAGUCGCUUGUCCUGGCCGACAACAUCCCGGAGAAGAAAAAGACCUAUGCCUUGGUCUGCGAGUCGCUGAAAUACCGCGAUGCCCUGAACGAGCUGAUAGCGGCGUCCGAUCUUCUGAACUUGGAGAAGAAGGUUCGUGCCAUGCAAAUGUGCAUCGUUCUUGUCUACGAUCUUCUCUUUGGCCGGGGCGUUCGCUCUGGGGGCCAUUACCUCCGCAUCAUCAUGAACCACAAAGUGCGACUCAGCGGCGAGCUGACCAAGCUCAAGAUCAAGCGGGGCGUCAAAACAAACCGCGAGCUGAUUCCCGAGGCAAUCCGCAAAGCAGUUGUGCUUCCAAGAUAUGUCCGAGUCAACACUCUCAAGAACUCGAGCGAGCAAGUGAUCAAGCAAUUUGAAUCCGAGGGAUACCGAGCUGUGCCGAUUGUGAAUCUCGCAGACGUGAGGACCAUCCAAGUCGACAAGCACGUUCCAAAUUUGCUCGUCUUUCCUGCCAACACCGACUUUCAUGAGCAUCCGCUGCUGCUCAAUGGAGGGAUCGUGUUGCAGGACAAAGCCAGUUGCUUUCCGGCAUAUAUCUUGAAUCCCCCGCCCAACUCGACCGUCAUCGAUGCAUGUGCUGCACCUGGAAACAAAACAUCACAUCUCUCGGCGAUCAUGAACAACACCGGUCGAAUCUAUGCUUUCGACAAGGAUCAAAAGCGACUCCAGACAUUGAUCAAGCUUUGCGGGCGCGCUGGCUGCAAGAAUAUCGAUGCUCUGAACCAAAGCUUUUUGGACGCCGACCCGACCUCGGACAAGUAUAAAAAGGUGGAGUACAUUCUCCUCGAUCCGUCGUGUUCUGGCUCUGGUAUCGUCCGUCGACUGGACCAUCUCUUGGCCCCAAACUCAUCCAGUGGCGAUGCCGCGCGUGUCCAGUCACUCGCUGACUUCCAAGUGUCGGUGCUUUUGCACGCCUUCAAGUUUCCAAACGUCCGAAAGGUGGUUUACUCGACGUGCUCGAGGCACCAAGAGGAAAACGAAAUGGUCGUGAAGCGGGUUCUGGAGGCACAGCCCGACUUUGUCCUGGCAGCGAAUGUUUUCCCCCAGUGGCACCGACGGGGCGACCCAAUCGUCGACGGCCGUAAGUCGCGUCUAUCGAUUUAUUAUCAGCGAGAGCGUGGGCGUCAUCCAUGCAACCACGCCGCGGUCUGCUGCAGGACGGACCCGAUCGAUUGGACCAGACCGAGUAGAAGAGUGGGAAGUCUAUGCUGA